AAUAUUAAACCACGUGAUUUACUUUCACUUUAGAACAGACGUAGGUUCAGAGUACACAAACACACACACUUCUAACUUGUAUCACCAAUCAUGGAUCUUGUACGCGUAUUGGAAACCUACAGAGGACAUGACAGAAUUAUACGACUCAGUACCUAUGUUUGUAUGUUUGUAAGUGGGGACCGAAAGGGAUUAGCUUUUGAUCGGAUCCGCGCUAUUGCUACAGAUCUAGGCGGUUGCAGAGUAAUCCUAAGAUUAUUUGAUGACUUGCCAAUGCUAUUCUACAAUCUUUCUUACGGAACAGGGAGUAAGGAGAAGAGCACACUAUUAAGAAUAUUGAACCUGCUAACAAACAUUAUUAACCAAUCAUUUUAUCCUGUGGAGCAUAUUGCCUGGUUAGCUGACAAACAGGUGAUUAACACAGACUCCAAGAAAUGGUGGGUGCUAGGCGUCAUGAUCUGGGCACUUUCUUUAGUCGCUGAAAUACUCAAAUAA